AUGGUGGUGGAGCACAGCGGCAGGCGGCGAUUGCUGGGGGCGGAGGGCGGCCGGAGGCAGCUGGCGUCAGGCGGUGGAGCACAGCGACUAGGGGUGGAAGAGGCGGUCGGUGGUGGACUGCCGGUGGCAGGAGGCGGCCAACUACAGAAGGCUGCCGGCGGCGGAGGACGGCGGCUUGUCGCGGGUGGCGGCUGGCGUCGGGCGGCGAAAGACGGUGGUCGACAGCAAGAGGUGACCGGUGGGCGGGAGGCGACCGGUGGAGGACGGUGGUCGGCAGCAAGAGGCGGCCGGUGGGCUGGCGGGAGGCGACUAGCGGGCGGUGGCGAGAGCCGGCCGGUAGGUGGUGACGAAGGACGACGGGAGGCGGCGGUGGGCGGGUUGCAACCGACGUUGGGCGAUGGCGAACGACAGAGGAGGCGGUCGGUGAAGGACGCCGGCGGUAGGCGGUCAGCGAAGGACGCCAGCGGUAGGCGGCCGAUGGUGGAGGGAGGCGACAAUGGCGAGUGGCAAGGGGGUGACCGGAAUCCUUCCAGGAGGCAAGUCAGUGAUCGGUUUGAGCAAGCAAAAGAUGGUGGUUAG